UGGAAUAAUCUUUCGCUGUGUAAAUGGGACGUCACUUUUGUCAUAUGUGGAUAAUUUUCGAUUCGUAGAAAUGUCAGGCUCUGAUAGUGAUUCCUUUUUAAGCGCAGAUGAGGAUUACUCCUCUCCGAAGGCUCAAAUUAAACCAGCGAAUUCGCCGAAUGCUUCACUUGGCCACAAUAAAUCCGUCAAACAAAAGAAACUACAAUGCCACGACGAUGCAGGUGGAAUUGUAGAAGAAAACAAGCCCAGACUUUCAACGGAAGAAAGGACCCAAGACAACAAUAAUAGCGAUGAUGGGUGGGAUGACUGGGAUGAUGAUGACGAUAAUCAAAAUAAUCCCAUUUCCGAAAAGAAACUUUCUGCGGAGAAGUCGAAAGGCCAGAUUGAAAAUUCAACUUUAGGAGCCUUAGAUAAAGCAAAGCCAAGUAAUGAUAACGAUGGUGACGGUUGGGAUGAUUGGGGAGACGAUGAAGAUGACAAUUUGAGUGUAGAAACUUCACAUUCCGAGUUGAAAACAGCUUCUAAAACUAAAACACAAAUGCCAAGUUUAUCUACCACCGCCUCCAAUGAACCAGGAAAUAAUGUUUCUUCUUCAUAUGAUACAUUGCCCGUAUUAAGAGAACUGCAAAGCGAUAGCAGGAAAACACAAUACACAAAAGAUCACAAAACCGAAACAGAAAGAAGAGAAAACGAAAUUGUAGAAAAACCCGAAUCUUCUUGGGGUUGGAAAAAUUGGGGUGGAGUGGUAUCGUUUUUAUCAAACGCAACGGAAGGUGUCUCAACGCUCACUUCGCAAGUAAGUCAGGGUUUCUGUAAUGUACUCGAGAAUAGCAUUGGCGUACCAGAUCCAGAGGAAAUGGCUCGCAUAAAACAUGAAGAGGAAAAAAAUCAGACCAAAUCUACCGAUAACAGUGGUAAUGAGAAGAUUUUAGUAAAAAAGGACAGCAAAGAAGACCUGAUUCGAAGCAGUGUUGGAAAUUUGUUGACAGGUGUUACCCAAAUUGGUAAUAAAGUUAUUACUGGAGGAUUAGACACAUUAGAGGGGAUUGGAAAGAAGACUAUGACCAUCUUACAAGAAAACGAUCCCCUUCUGCUAAAUAAGAGAAAGCUACUAGGAUUAGACGGUGACAAACCAGUACUAAGUCAGAUUUUACGGGAAGCAAAAGAAAAGUCUGAAGAAACAGAAAAUAAACUGAAGCAAAUACAAAAGAAUUCGUACAAAAAGCAAUUGCAUUUCGAAAUGCUUUUUGAUCAUUAUCAUGGAUUAGUUCAUUUAGAAGCGUUAGAAAUGCUUUCGAAGCAGUCGUCGCUGAAACUGCAGUCUUUGUUGGAACCACUAACAGGAAAAGCUCUUGCCGAAAUGCAAGAAACUCUAAAUGAAGUGAAGGAGCUGUGUGAUUUGGGAGAAUUGGAUGAAGAAAACGAUUGCUUGUCAGGUGCCGUUGAUUUAAAAGAAAAAUUAGCUGCCGCCACUGAAGACCUAGGCAUCGAAGUGGAUUUCGCUGAAUUAGUCAAGUGUUGGGAGGGUAACUCUACAUCAUUGGCGAAAUUAGAAGACGUUGAACCCCAGGAGAUAUAUAACAAAGCUUUACGAUGUCUUGCGGAAACAACAGCAUUAAUUGUUAGCAAAAUGCAUAAAAUUGCAGAACUGAUUCUUAUACAAGAUCAUCACAGUACUGCGAAUGAGGCUGACAGUCUAGUGCAGUUGACUCACAUUUUCUGUUUGCAUUUGCGCUCCAUUGCUAAUCUUUUCGGGGCAAAAUUGAACACUUAUGAAACUACUGAAGAGACUAGUUCUCUGAUAACCAGCAUUUUUCUUGAGGAAUCUAGUAGCUCCUCCUACGUUAAGAGUGCUUUUCAGUUAUUCAUUCCGAUUCUUCAAAUGGGGGCUGCGUAAAAUAUGCUAACGACAGGUUUAAAGGUAUAAUUUUAAUAUGAAUGUUGUGUAUUUAGUAAUAAAAAAGAAAUUUCUUCAAUUUUUUUUUUCAAUUUUCGAACAAUAUUACUUGUUUUGUAUGUCUUAACUGUUAAACAUAAUGGGCUUAUCCUAUUUCAGAAUAAAGAAUAAUUCAGAUUGUA